AUGGUGAUGAAUGCAAAAUUGACUUUUGGGCGACAUUAUAUUGAACAGGCAAAAAAAUUCAAUUUUGGAUUGUGGGGUCUUGAUUAUAAAACAUUUUUAUCAAACAAUUUUGACCCAAAGGAAUAUGCAAAUUCUACAAUAAAUAAUAGUUCAACCAAUGGAGAUGGAGAUGGAGAUAUUGCUAUCGCUCUUGCUAAAUUAUCUUUUAGCAUAGAAAGUUUGAAUAAACAAAUACAUGAUAAGGUCGUUGCAAAUUAUGAAGAUUUAAUAUCAUUAGCAUUUGGAAUUAAAGAUUUAGAAAAUGUUUUAGGUACAUUAAAAAAUGGAAUACAAUCUCUCAAUACUUCAUUGGAUAGUUUAAAGACAAGAGUUUAUACACCUUAUUCCCAAAUGAAAAAUUUUAUUAUACAAUUGGAAAGAUUACAAGCAGCUUCUGAUUUAUUGAGACAAGUUGUUAGAUUUUUGUCUUUGGUAAGAUGUAUAGAGAAUCAAUUAUCUGAAAUUGACAAUGAUGAUAAUAAUAGUGAAGAUAAUAAUAGAGAUAAGUCAGCUCAUUAUUUAGAGCUUGCAACAAACCUAAGUGAAUUAGAAACAUUGUUGCAAGAAGUAAAUUUUGAUGGGAUAAAUUGUGUUCAGACAAAUUUAUAUAUAAUCCAAAAAGCAAGAAUAAAAAUAAAACAUGGAGCUCUACAAUCAUUAGAAAAGAAAAGUAUCCAAUAA